AUUUUGUUUGCAGUGUCUUUCAUUCAGUCCUAUCCUUUAAUUCUGCUUCGCUUUCAACGCCAAUUCGAUUUUUAAAUUUCAAAUUUCAGAUCUCAAGCAAUCAUGCAAAUUUUUCUUCCGUAUUCUCAAUUUUUCUUUCGAUUCUUUUUGUCGUAUGCUAGUGUAUUAUAUCUUCUCUGCCUGAGUGCAAUUUAAGUUUCUCAACUUCCGCUUGACAUUCGGUAUCCGAUAAAAUGUUGCUACCGUCAACCAUCCAUCAAUUUACCGUAUUUCUAGGAAUCGCCAUUUUUGCGUAUUAUUAUUAUACAUGUGCGAAAAUAGGAAGACAACGGAACCAUGGAUAUUUCCAUGCUUCCGGGGUGAUAUCAGAAACGAGUAUUCCUGGCCGCGUUAUCGUAGAAACAUGCAAAAUAAUAGGGCACUCGAUCCCCUACGUACACGGGGAGACAAUAGCGCUUUUGUGCAUUUCGUACAUAAGGAAACGUAUGACGAGUGAUACACUUCAUUUAGUGUGCAAGCCACUCGUUUGAUCAUUUGCGAAAGUUACUCUUGUUACGCUGCACAGAAGAGUUCUGAACACUAUGGAGUUCCAUUGGAAGUUCUACUGGUGCAUGGAGUUCAGGGCAAUUUUAUUUGGCUUACUGCUAUCUUUCAUGAUGCUGAGCGGUGUUAGAGCGGCCGGCUGCAAUUAUUAUGAAACUUUGACACCUGGAGAAAUAAAGCGUGUGGCCAAUCCUGGGUUUCCUAACUCCUACCAAGGCGGAAAUCAAUGCAAAUGGCAGCUGAUGAGUGCUUCUCCUCUCAAAAUAAAUUGCAGCGUUAAUAUACUACCAAGCAGCGACUGCUCUGAAGACUAUCUUUCUAUACAAUUUGCUGGACAAAAUGCGCACAAGUAUUGUGGCAACGGUACUUUUACCGUAGAAGGAACGAACGUCACUAUAACACUGGAUACACCGUAUUGGACAGAGGGCGGUAAAUUUUUAUGCCAAGUUGAAGCAGAAAAAUCAUUUAAUAAAUACGAUUGCAAGUGCGGUUGGAAAAAUCCUACAAGAAUAGUAGGCGGUUCAGAAACUGGAGUAAAUGAAUAUCCUAUGAUGGCUGGGCUUUACGAUAAUUCCAUGAAAGUGUUGUACUGUGGUGCAACCAUAAUAUCCAACCAGCAUGUAAUAACGGCUGCCCAUUGUCUAGAAAGAAGAAAUAUUAGUAAUAUUUUCGUUGUUGUUGGUGAACAUGAUGUUAAUACAGUUACAGAGACGAAUGCGACCAAGCCGUUUCGCAUUAGCAAGUGCGAUACACAUCCUUAUUAUCAGAAUAAUGACAAUGAUAUAGCUGUUUGCAAGAUCAAUGGAACCAUAGAAUUCAAUGCUAUGGUCGGUCCGGCUUGUUUACCUUUUCAGCACUAUCACGACUCAUUCGGUGGGGAUAUUGUACAAGCGCUAGGCUGGGGUCUAUUGGAUUUCGGUGGCGCCAAAUCGUCUACGUUACAAGAAGUCGAUUUGAAUGUAUUAAGUCAAGUGGACUGCGAAAACUAUUAUCCCGGUAUAAACAUGGACACUCAUAUAUGCACUUACACUCCAGGAAAGGACACUUGUCAAAUGGAUAGCGGUGGACCUGUCCUACGGCAAGAUUAUACCACUCAGAAUUUGAUAUUAGUUGGUAUUACGAGUUUCGGUGUUGGUUGUGCCGGUGACGAGCCCGCCGUUGAUACACGCGUAGGAGCUUAUAUAGAUUGGAUAAUGAACGUAACACGCGGUGUUCAGUAUUGCAAAAUGGAAUAAACACCAUGCAUGCCGAAAAGGAAUAUUGGAUACGACUGUGGAUUUACAUUUGUACUUUAUUCUCCUUUCUCUCAAAGAAAUUGCUAUUCUCUCCGUAUGGUUUUCAAUGUACGGAGAGAAGAGCAAUUCAUUUGAGAGAAAGGAGAACAACGUAUUCACAAAUAUUAAUAAUAUGAAAAUGUUAACAAAUAGUUUAACAUAUUCACAGAUAUUAAUGUAACUUAAUAUUUCUCUAACCUUACGCAAAUAUAUUUUGUCAAUUUCUAAUUAUCAUUUAAGAAAGGCACGUAAAAGAAUACAUAAAGUUGAUUUUGA